GUUUAAAUAAACAAUUAAGCACGUGUUCUGCUACAAAAAUAUAACCCACAUAUCUACAAUGUUUUAACUGUCAUGCUGAAGAAUGGCUAAGAGAGUACAGUAUGUCCCUGCAGGCUUCCCUCAGUGUAGCAGGAGCGUUGGAGUGUGUGGUACAGCAUUGUAUUGGGCCAGAUGGUGGGAGUGUUCUCUUCACUAAAGACACUGGAGAAAUGCUCAUCACCCGACACGGACAACGCAUCCUUACUACGCUACGCCUUGACCACCCUAUAGCAAGAACAGUACUGGAGUGUGUGAGUGCACACGAUCAUGUCACAGCAGAUGGUUCCAAGUCCUUCAUCCUUCUGCUGGCUGCACUGCUGCGAGAAAUUCGCAACUCUACAGAUAGAUGCCACCAAGCAUCCUGUAAUCUGGCCUACACCCGCAAACUGGCAAAUCAAUUUCUGGCGAUCUGCUGUAAUGAGCUGGAUGGUGUCAUAGCCCAUGGCGUCGUCCCAUAUGCCUCAUCUCUAUUUGAACUCGGCGGAUGUGAACUGGAAGGGGGUGUCUUGUCUGCCUUGGUGGGUGGGUACAUGGCGGGAAGAGUCAAUACUUGUCAGGCUGCAGUACUCACACCUGUUCUUUGUGAGCUCUACAACAGAGUUAGUAAUGAUGCAAACAGUUCUGCAAAAGAAUCAGUCUUGUUCCUUCACUCAAACUUCUCCUCGCUGUGUACAGAUGUGCCAGGACUUCCCAGUUCCAAGUCACAUGUGGUGGAAGGUCUGGUCCUGGCUGGUAAAUGGUCAGUGCUGACAGAGACUGAAGGAGAAGGGCCAGUGAAAGCGCUGGUGGUUUGUGAGAAUCUUGCUGCAUCUUUUAAAGGUGAUGAUAGUGUAACUAUUUAUUUUCAGAAGGACUGGAUGCUUCGGUCCGAGAGCUUAAUGCAACAGAGACUAGCCAAAAUUCUACAACUUCAAGUAAAUGUCUUGUUGUCGUCUGUGAAGCAGUCAGAUCUUGUACUGGAAUGGGCUCGCCUGAACAGCAUCUCAGUGCUAGAGUGCUGCGAUUCAGCACAGCUGGACCUACUGUGUGAGCUCACUGCUGCAGAAGUGAUUCCUCAGCAACCUCUGCUGCGAGUAGCUACGCUAACCCACUGCAGCUGCUUGCAGAUAGGAGGUUGCAAAUAUGCUAAUCUGGGCAUCCCACCAUACAAAUCCUUACACAUGCACUCGCUUGUGCUCUGUGCACCCACUCCUGGAGCACUGGAACAGAGUGUGAGCGUAAGCCGAGGCGUCUUCGCCAUGCUCCAGCAUCUGACUCAGUCAUUUCUCAGAACGAGGGAACAGUCGAAUGAGACACCGUCUUCUAGUGACUCACACGUGCAUCAGAUAGACAGAGACAAAGUCGCCCAGACACAUGAAAGUCAGAAUGAGAAGCUGUGUGGAUCAUCUUUACUUUAUGAGGGGGCACACAGCUCUAUUUCAGACCAGUCACGAGAGUCACCUUUAAAUGCAAACUUUUGGGAUGGCAUUUUAAAAGCUGGUGCAGUUGUCCCUGUAGGUGGAGCGUUUGAAUUUCUAUUACAUCAUUCCCUUUCUCAGAAUAGUAACCAUGGUGACUCUGAGAGCAAAAUUCUCCUCGCUAAAGCCAUACUGAGCGUCCCCAGAUUGCUGAACUCCCACAAACCGAGAUAUUUCCUCCAGCAGCAUGCACAGUUUCUGAGACAUCUGCAGCUUCUGAAGCAGGGCCGUCUGAUGAAUGAGUUUGGGUCAGGGUCUGAAUCCCAGUUUGGAUUCAGGUCAGCUGGAUCGGGCUCCUUGUGUGUAGAACCAGUAUGUAGUAAACAGCACUUGGUGGCAUCUGUGCUUCAGUGUGUGAACAGGCUGUUGUGUGUGGGAACUAUACUACACACAACUACUUCCUUGCACAAAUCACUUACCUCGUUCUCCAAGGAAAGUGAAGAAGAAAUGACGUAACUCUUAAAAAUGUGUCAUUCUGUUUUCGAUUUUUAAAAAUAAAUGUUGUUAUUCAUUU